AUGCCGGACACAUCCAGCCACUCUCUCACGGCCGCAACGCCCGCCUCUGGGUCCUCCCAGAAGCCUCUAUUCGGCGGCAAUAUUGCGCCUCCUCUGCGUACCUUCACAGACGCAGCUGCCGCCCCGGCCUCCCACGUUCGGCUCUUACCCGCCGUCAAGCACGAUCACCGCGAGCUCGAGGCACACAGCCACAAGAUCCUCACUUCCACCAACCCGGACGAGCAGACCCGUUACCAGAACCAAUUUACCUGGGAAUUGGCCCGCCACGCCGUGGGCGAAGAACUCGUCGUCUAUCCCGCCCUCGCCAAGCACGUUCCGGACGGCCACGCCCUCGCUGCCAAGAACCGCCUUCAGCACCAAGACGUCAAGCAGCAACUCAAGAACUUCCAGGGGCUGCCGUCCACGGAUCCGCGUUUCAUACCCACCCUCAAAGCCCUGAUGGAUGAUCUGGAACGCCAUAUCCAGCAGGAAGAGGGCGAGGACCUGGUGAAGUUAGAGGACGCGCUCUCGCAGGCGGACAGCGAGGCAUUAGUGCGCUCGUUAGAUCGGACGAAAAUGUUUGUGCCGUCUAGAGCGCAUCCACUCGCACCGAUGACGCCGCCUUUUGAUACUGCUGUCGGACUGCUGACCGCGCCAGUUGAUAUGGUGGCGGAUAUCUUCCGGAAGUGGCCCCAUCCUGGGGAGCUGGAAAGUCGGAAGGGGAAGUUAGCGGCUGCUCGAUAA